AUGUUGGCGUGCUGCUUGCACCUGCCCACGCUUGCGUGGAAUUAUCCCACGGCUGCGCAGAUCACGGCUGCGCAGGUGGGCAGGCUGCAGCUGCGCGCGCGACCUCAGCUGAUGAGGGCAGCUGAUGAGGGCGAUGCGCCAGCGACAACGCCUGCGACCCAGGUUGUUCGACGCGACUUAGGAGCCUACGUCGGCCUCACCUCAAUCGUCGCUCUUGUCCCAGCGGUCGACUGGGCUGGACUGGGCCCCGAAACCUCCAAUGUAGCGCGACUGCUCUACUUCUCUGCCGUCGCGCUCGGCUCGGUGUACCUCGGCGUCAAACGGCAAGACCUCGGUGAGUCGUCGCCCAUCUCGUCUCGCUCCGCCGCGCUGGCGCCUCUCUUUGCGAGCGCCGUCCUCGGAGGGCUGUACGCGAUCCUCAAGUUCACCGAGCUCGACCCGGGUGCCGUCUACCGCCUCGCGGCGUGCCUCUUUGCCCUGCUCGCCACGUCCGACCUGCUGCAGCCGCUCCUCGGCCUCGCCGUCGCGGGCGAGCUCUUCCGCCCGGCUGACGACGAGCUGGGCGAGGAGCGCGAGGCGGCGGUGAUGAAUGCGGGUGCCGCGCCCGCGUUUGCCGUCUCGCUCGCCGUCGUGGCGGCCUACCUGCAGGGGCCGCUCUCAACGGGCGGGCCGCUGUCUCUCCCCGCCUUCGCGGCGCUCAACGACAGCCUCGGCUUCGGCAUCGUCAUGACCUCGCUCGGCCUCUUCUGCUACGACGCCUUCUUCGUCUUCAAGUCUGACGUCAUGUUGACCGUGGCGACGCAGAUCGAGGCUCCGGCCAAGUUCCUUUGGGCGGCCGUCGGCGCAGGCGCCGACGCUGGAGGCCGCUACCCCUUCUCGGUGUUGGGCUUGGGCGACGUGGUGGUGCCAGGCGCGUUCGUCGGCCUGCUCCGCGAGCUCGACAAGGAGCAGGGGCGCGCGGGCGGCGGCAGCGAGGAGGAGGCGAGGGAGGCGAGCUACUUCCAGGUCGGACUCGGCGCGUACGCCGCCGGCUUGCUCAGCACCUUCGCCGCAAACUACCUGACGAAGAGCGGCCAGCCUGCGCUCGUGUACAUCGUGCCCUCGCUGCUGCUCAGCGCCGUCGCUACGGCAGCCUCGCGUGGCGAGCUGCCCAGCCUGCUCGAGUUCGAGAGCCCGCGCGCGGCCGCCGCCAAGGCCUCGAGGGACGCGUGGCGGGAGGAGAAGAAGAGGGAGCGGGAGGAGAAGAGGCGCACGUGAGCCGAUUUGCGAUUAAGCAGCCGCGCGAGAACGCGAGAACCGA